AUGGACGGAUCGCUUACCCGAACUAUUGUGAGCAUCGACUACGACGAAUACAAGUGGACAUCAAGGGCCCAGCGGCUGCCCAUAAAGGCACCGCAGCCGGCACUGCCUCCAGGAAACUUCAGAACAAUCAUCGAAGGAGUUUGGGAGUUGGAACAAUGCAGUGGCGCUACGCACACGAGGCAGAUGACCGACUAUCCACGCCUCGAAGCCCUGCCGCCAUACAAGUCUGCAGAACUUGAUGACUGGAAUCAUGUGGUGUCGUUGCAGUUGUCAGGAGAGAUAUGGCGCUUGACAGCGCAACUCCAUAAUCUCAAGCCGUACAGCUAUGAUCGAGGUGGGCACUUUGACCAGGGUCACCGAGGUUGUCAGAGGGCUAACGUACACUCAGACAACUGGGAGAACCCUAAUCAAAGCUAUCACCAAAAUGAUGGCUAUAUGCAAAUUGUCCAGCCCGACUUAGGUGAGGUUACGGUGUGGGACCAACAGGCCCCAGUACCAUUGGUAGGAUGGCACCCACUUCCUCGAGGCGAGGGGUGGUACUUGUGUGUUCAAAGUCAGCACACCUGCGAGCAGAGGUGGCCAGCGAGUAUAAGAAAGGUGCCAGAGCAGACUGAGCGAUGCCCCGAGCAGCCGGAAUGCCAGGCAGGGCGACAUUCAGCGACACCGCGAUGUACCGCUUCGUGGGACUUUGGGUGGCACCCGCUUCCCGGAGGAGGGCAGUAUUGGGGACCGAGGGACCGGGAUCACGGCCUUUUAGACAAGCACGAGCCAGGUUUCCCCGUCCCAUCUCGCAAGAACUAUAACAUUUCUAAAGACAAGCCUCAGUCGACAUUCGGAUCGGCGGAGGAACGCAUGAACACUGUCAGGGCUCCGAGAAACGACCCACCGCUGAUGCCUCAGCCUCGGGCCGCACAACGCACCACCACUCACCGGUGCGCCGAAGUGCUUAAGGAGAGAGGCUAG